AGAAGCGGCGGAGGCGGCGGCGAUUUGGAUCUAGGCGGCGACGCGAUUCGGCUUGGAUUCCGGCGCAACGGAGCUUGGACGGGAGACACUCUUUUGCAUCCUCUCCGUUUGUUUGCAACAUCUCUGCUCUUCUCAAGGAAAUGGAGGCUAAACAAAUUGUAUGGACAGCUCCGAUGACUUCCUUCAUGCUUGAUCACCAAUGCAAGGUUGUGGGCGAUGGAGUUAGAACAUCAACUAGCUUCAAGAAGUGCCAAUUGGCUCGUUGUGUGACUGCUAUGAGUGAGCAUUUUCAGCUCAAUUUGACUCAUGCCAACAUUGGUAAUCACAAUAGGACAUGGAGGAGGAAAUGGGGAACAAUACUCAGACUUAGGGGGUUGAGUGGUGCAUUAUGGGAUGAUGAGAAGUCUAUGAUCGUUCUUAAUCAUGAGCACUACACUAACCAUAUUAAGAACCACAAAGAGGAUGAACCUUUUCUGAACAAGCCUCUGAAGCACUAUAAUGAGAUGGCUAUCAUUCGUGGCAAUACUAUGGCCACGGGUCAAUAUACGAAAAGCUCAAAUGACCCCCUUGGUACAGAGGUUAAUGAAAUUUCAGAUAAUGAGGCUUCCCCACUUGAAGAAGGUAGCAAGUCAAGCAAUGGAGGCGAUUCAGUGGCUCCCAAUCCCAAAAGGGCCAAAACAAAGUCUAGUGUUGAUGAGGGGCUGCAAUCAACCCUUAUGGCAGUGGGUGAAAGGCUUGCUAUUGCCAUAGAGAGGAGUGUUAGCACUGACAACAGCUCCACGAGCAUCUCUACGAACAACUCCAUGAUGGGCCUUUGGGAGGGCAUGAAAGAUAUUCCCUUUUUCGGUAUUGAUUACCUUGCCCUUUAUUUUGCCUACUUGGUUGAGAAUCCGAACAUUUCAAUGGCGUUUAAACUCUUGGAGAAGGACCAAAAGAGUAUUUGGGUUGCUAGGUAUGUGAAGAACACCUUCCCUCCAAUGGAUGGUUGAAGAUUGUAGGCAUGUGUGGUAUUUGCAUGACCUCUUUUGAUAUGACCCAACAAUAUGGACUUUGGGUUGUAUGACUUACUUUUGAUGUCAACCAGACUAUGAACUAUGGGUUGUAUAACUUAGAGAUGAUGUACUAUUUCAUAUCUACAUCUCAUGCACUACUAGUUUAUUAUGUAUAGUUGCUACUUGUCUAAGAUGUUGGACUAUGAUUAUGAAGUUACAGUUUCCUAUUUUCGAAA